UAUCAAAAGGUCAACAAACAAUCGAUAGCUGGUAAAAUUAGGGAAGUUUGAAAAGGUGAAAUUACCUAGAUCAGUCGGUGCCUGAACUUUGACGAAGAAUGAAGGUCUUUAUUGUUGUUGCGUUGCUGUUCUGUUUUUCGACGGCAUAUGCCGAAGUCACCAAAGGACAGAUGAAAACGAUCCUCGAGAGGGCAAAAAUAUGCAUGACAAAGUUGAACAUUCCCUUCAACGAUAGCAUCCCUGAGCGUGCUCUCUACAAUAUUGACGUUACGGAGAAGGAUUUACCGUACAUCGAAUGCAUCCUGCGUCAGUUUGGAUUUUUCGACGAGAACGAUAACAUGGUGCCAGAUGAGGUGGUGGACUUCCUAUCGCAGAAAUAUGAUCGCUCAAAGAUUAAACCGUUGGUCGAAAAGUGUAUCAAGGUUCAAGGAACGCUGAUGGAACGCGUUUGGAAAUACUAUCAGUGCUUCUACACCGAGAAAACUUUCGAUAUGUGAACGAUGUCACGAGGUUUGAAAUUUGUUUUUAUUGAAAAAUAAAGGUUUUUUAAAACUAGAGAUAAAAAUUAGA